AAAAAAUAAAUUUCUUUUUUUUUUCGUAAAUAUCCCAAUUAUUACUUUUUUUUGAAAUUUUUUCGAUGAUAAUUGAAAAAAAUUAAAGGCGAUAUUUAUAAAAUUUCUUUGAAAAUAAAAAAAAAAGAGAUAUUAAAAAAAAUGUGUUUUUGUUGUUUCUCGAACCGGGAGUGUACCAUUAUUUCUUCAAUCAUCAAUUUGUUUGUUGCAAUAACUGGGUCAGUAACAUUUCUCGCAAAACCCAAUGAUAUUGCAAUUAAAAUGCCAUAUGAAUUUAAAAUAACUUUUGGAAUUUUAUUUAUAAUUAUUUCAAUCAUAUUCAUAUAUGGAAUUAUUGCUAGUUUUAUAACACCAAACACACCGAAUGGACAGAUUGGAAUAAGAAUAUAUGAAUGGUUUUUAAUUGGUGUUUUAAUAAUAUAUUUUUUUAUAGCAAUUACAACUAUAAUAUAUAUGUUUACUAGUAAACAAUUAGCUAUAGAAAGAUGUAAUAAUGAGUUCAAAACUGAAACUGAACCACCCAAAAAUAAUUGUGUUCGAAAAGUAAGUAUAAUUACUUGGUUAAGAACUAUUUUAUUGAUUUUAAUGGUCAUAAUUGGGUUACAUACAUUUGAAAUUACAAGAAGACUAGGCGUAGAUUUACGACCACGUCGCAAAAAACCUCAGGGUCGUAAUAGACCCCAAUCAUUUAUUAGUACUGCUAAUUUUAUGUUUAUCUAGAUAGGUUUCGCCAAUUUUCAAUCUUGAUUCGGGCCGAAUUUGUUUUGGAUAAUACCGGCCUGAUCAUCUCUCGUUUAAUAAACGUGACUACACGAAUCUACUGAUUCUCCAGAAGAAUUUAAAAAACCAAAGGCGUAUUUAUAUACUUUUCAAUUUAGUAAAUUGAAAAAUCUUUUAAUGUUUUAUUAUUAUUACAAAAAGAAAUUAUUCAUGUAUUCAUGUAGUAAUUUGUUACUUUCACGAACAAUAUCAUUUCAUCAAAUAACUCUAAAU